AUGACCAAAGAGGAUGAUGUUGCCAAGUAUUUUCCCAGGAAUUGGACUGGACGUACACGUGUAGAGCAACAUGAAUUAUUUGAUCAGAUGUUGAUGUAUUUGACUCAACAUGAACUUCAUAAGAAACAUGUUCAAAAGAUUAAAUAUGAAGAGUGGAUGUGUGAUGCUUUGCUCGUUAUGAAAGAUUGUACACAUUUCUUUGCAGAGGAUUUGUAUAUAGAUAUACUUAUUUUUUACGGACUUCCCGAACUAGAAUACGGUCUCAAGGAUUAUAACAUGUAUUGUGCUAAUGAACUUGUACUGUCUAGAUUGUACGCUAUGUACGAAGAUUAUUAUGAAAGAGAUGUGGUAAUAGAUAUGCGAAUGUAUAUUGGUUUAUUGAUUGUUUUACAGCAUAUUAAAUAUCUUCUACAGUAA